UCUGACUUCAAAAUUCUGGCAACCAUAAUCGAGUAAUGGAAGGUACUACUUAAUCGCCAGCAAUUUUAGAAGCCUUUCUGUCCUUUAUCUGCAAUGUGGUAGACAGAUAUCACUUUUAGAUGGUGCUGAUUUUUAUCAUCUGUUAAAAGUCAGAGACUUUAUCUUAAGUAAAGGCCUAGACUUCCUGAACUACGAUACCAGCGCAGCCAAAGCAUGCCAAUUUCAAGAUCAUUUGAACCUCACCAAUCAAUUAUUGCUACUGUAAAACCUUUUAAUGACUGUUAGCGAUCUACUGUUCAUUUAAACUGUCUAGUAAAGGGGGGGGGACGAAGAGCCAAAAAAUUUACAUACCUUGGCGAUAUUGGUUAAAAUAUGGUUGUAUGUGGAUGGUUAAUCACAGUGGUGUCGUUGCGAUGAUAUGUAAACGGAGAGGAGGCAAAGCAUCCAGAAAAAUUGUUUUAUAGAUCUUAAAAUUUCAGGCCUUCCCUUUUUUCGUUUAAUUUAAAUCAGAUUGUUCUUGUUUAUGCUCAUACUUCACACGAACCUGUAAUUCCAUAGCUGCCAUAGCUGUAGGUGGAUAUACAAUGAGAUUUAGAUCUAUAGGUAUGGCAUGGGGUGGCGGAAUAACGGCAAUUCUUUGCUUAUGGAAAUGCUUCUUUUAUUCAACCAUGUAUGACAAAACGUGAAAUGGUCAUAUGGUCAAAUGAUCCCAUCACUGUCCAUUUUGCAGUUGAUAUCUUGUAGUGAUUUUAGAAAUUGGUAUGAUAAAGAUUAAUUAGUGUAGAUUUCGACGUCUAGUGGUGUAAAUUAAUGUCAGAGCUGCAUUUAUACAUAGAAGUUUUAUUGUUCGUCUCAGAAAUAAGGAAAGUAUGUUUGACCUUACUUGCUAUGCUUUUCGCUAUCUUUUGGUUUUAGAGGUUUGUUAAAGGCAAUGAUUGUUUAUUUCAUCCUGAAACUGAAUCAGAAUGGAUUACAAACAAAUAUAUUUAGAAAUAGUACGAAUUUUUCUACUUUUCCUUCGGCGCUAUGUUUUCUUGAAGCUUUUAAGCGAAAGCUCCUUCACUGAGUAAGAUUCAUUGAGCCUGCGGACAAGUUUAUUGCGAGGAAGUUUAUUCGUCUGCACUGAUUGAUAACCAAACUUCAGCCAAGCAACUAAGACUCAACGGAAAUCGAACCUAAAGUGUUGAAUUUGUUAAAAACGUAAUUGGUUGUGAACAAGUUAAGUAGAGCACUUUAGGCCAUUGUUUCUUGCUAGUGUAUAUAACAGCUUUUCUUUGGAAACCUUUUUUUAGUGCGGGAAAUAUGUCGCCAUGGUUUUCUUUCUACAUUUCUUCACAAUCUUUUUUCACCUUUCCUCUACUUUUUCUGACUGUUUUUUCUGACUUCUUUCCUUGUUAGUUUUUUUUACCCUACGUAACUUGAUUGACAAACUGAUUCAAAGCUGCCUUCUCAGUGACAAGAGCACAGCACAUCGAGUAACAUAGUAUUCUCAAUUAGGCCAACUAAGACGCGACCACUUUGAAGACCAACCGCGACCUAGCUUUUAAUAUUUUAUAUUUUAUUUAUAAGCUGAAUGUAAACUGUCAAUAAAUAGAACUUGUAUCCUAAUUGUUAACAGUUAAUUUAUUGUAUUAUUAGAACUAGCUGAAGGGGUACCCCUGUAGAAAUAAUUUAAAAUUAAAAUGAAAAUGAUCAGUGUUAGUUUUAUGUUAUAUUUGAUUAUAUUAACAUCCGACCAAGCAAAAGGUAUCUAUUCAUGGCACAGUUAUUGAAAACCCGUGAAAUCAUUCAACAAUCGUCAAAGGUGGCCUGAUUAAAACAGCUUAGCGAAUGAACAAUUACCACCACCUCCCAUUAAUUCAGAAUAUUUGCCUCAAAAAUACCCGUGUCAGAUUCCUGGCAUUUGGAAUUGAAGGAUAAAAGCUGCUCAAGCAAGAUACGUUUCAGAAAAAUAUCUGUGCAUGCCAGCUUGGUCCCCACACUGAAAAGCUUACUUCGCAUCUCUAGGAAGAACUUGAUUGGCCGAAUUUUUGUUGAGCCUUGGCCUAGCGUAUCAUUGCUCAUGGGCGCUGGCUGUUUUCGAAAAAAUUUUCAAUUACGGACAAAACCACAGUUAUUAUCAAUGCAAUACAAAGAAACCAACUGUUGAAGUCUUGGAAACGUAGAAACAUGGCAUUCUAUUGAAUUUGUUUAGUGUAUAGUAAUAAAGAAUUGUAAACGCACCACAUGAAGUCAUAAUAUGAAGAGAUUUUUGCAUGCUGAAACCAGACAGAUUUGAAAGAAGCGUUGUAUUCACCAGCACUAGGCAUGGGAAAAGCAAAAGGCUACUUAGUGGAAAAGAUACACUGCACAAGACAUUCUGUCAACUUUUAAUGGAAGUAAUCUGUGCGUUCGACUCUUAAAGAAUUUGGAAGACAGUUGGGUCCACUGAGGGAAAAAGAACGCGAUGUAUUGAAGUUGGUAAUGCGCCAUCUUUUCUCCGCCUCGUAUUGCCUGCAGCCGCAAAGAUCAAAGAUCAGAUUUACAAAACAAAGAUCAAAGUCACUGAAUUCGGAGGAGCUUUAAAGUGUUUAUUUGAAAGGUGACCAACCAACACCAAGUUUAUUAGCCGUUGUAAAGUGCCAGUUUAAAAGCAAACGUGCCAAAAAGACGUUAACCCGCUAUCGGCUUGAAUAUUAAAUCAUCUACUAUUGAUUAAUUAAUUUCAAACACCUUGUCGCCUUUGUUAGGAGUCCAGAACGGUUUCUUCAGUCUAUUCCUCUUUUGUGACUUGGGGUGUGAAUGGAAUGCGUACUUUGAGACUAUCAAACUCGUCUUUAUGGUUAUCAAUAUCUCUUUAAACAUAUUUUUGUAUGUCAAGCUGACGUUGUGACACAAAUAAAGAUGGUUCUUCAGUCGUAAGGUGUUGGCGAAUCUAGAUGCUACUGGAACCUUGAUCUUUCCGAUUUGUAUAUUCAGAUUCAUUGGGUUGAUAUUAAAAGACAUGUUGAUGUGAGGAGUGUUGAACACAUGACCAUAAUAGUUGUAAUCGGAGCACGCUGAAUAGUUGAUAUUUUUGUAAAACACUACUUUUGCCUGUGAAUUUCGCAUUUUUGUUUUGGAGGGGUUUCGAGUUGCUUAGGAAAAAUGGCGUAUAUAGUGGCAAGCUCGUUUAUGACGUCUCCUUCAGAAGUUCGUGCACUAGCCCGAAAUGUAAGGGUGGAUUCUGAACUGAAACAGUAUAGUGCUUGCUUGGAUAAACAGAAGGAAUACCAACGGCGGAUUCUAGAUUUGAAUAUCAGAGUGAUGAGGAACAACUUCAGCCGAUCCAAAACUGCAUUGCGGCGUUGCAAGACAGCUGUUGGUGUUUGUGAUUCCAGGUGUCUGGAAAAAGAGAGAAAAUCCAUCCUCCCUUUUUCACCAUUACCAAAUGCCACAAAUUCUGCCCGUGUCAAGAAGGAUCCCCUCGGGCGUAUCGGCGUAAGUGCUCCUUUUAGAUGUAGGUCUCAUACAUACAGUCCGAAUAGCAGCAGGUAUACCAUUAAUAAGCGAGAAACCGACUGUGACGGCCAAAUGAGCGCUAUUUCAACAACGGUCUCGCGGUUUGAGAAUCAAAAGCAUCGUAAGAAUAGCACUGGCUUAAAACUUGCUGAAGUCGAGAGGAAAGUUAGUUCCGGGAGCAUUGGUCUACCAAACUUAUCCAUGAUAAGCGAAAAUUCUCGCGCGGAGAGUACGACAGUUAACAGGAAUGAAUCUCGCACAAGUUUGGUCAGUAAAUUUUCUAGUGCCAAACUUGCAAGUAAGGCGACUGCAAAGGAAGAAGACGAAAAAUGUAAUAGGCAAAAGGAUGUUUCUUCUUAUAGGCAAAAGUUGAAAUUGACCAAGAGCGCCCCUACUCAUACGCAAUCUUCUACUGCGAAACCUGCAGAAACAGAUUCGCUCGCAAGUCCUAACGAACAGCCGAAAGGAAACUCAAUGGAAAAUUCCGAAAUUGACCGUCCUGACAGUAUUAUGUCUUGCUCUAAACGCUCGAAAUCCCCACUUACGACGGCUGUGAGAUUUGAAGAAGAAAUAGCAACCAAUCAACAGCCAAAUGAGAGAGCACGUGAACGGCAAAGGUCAAAAUCUUUGCCAGCCACCGAGAUGUUGCAUGAUUUUCAAUUCCAAAGGGCUUUUGUGAACGAUUCAGAUACGAUUGCCAAGUACAUUGCAAAGCAGGAUCCAAUUUUCAAUGGAAACAGAGAUACUUUAGAGGAAAAAGGCGUGGAUGCGUUGGAAACAGAUUCUAAUGUUGAUGUCUCUGACGAGAAUCUUGAAGAUUGCAAACCAGACUGUGAAGAUCCAGAGGAUGCGAAUGAAGAUCUGGACGAGGGUGCAAAUACAACUAACGAAAAUGGUGAGAUUGAAAGUAACGAUAACAUUUUGUGUACCCUUGAGGUCAAAGAUGAUAACAUUUCUGCUGUCAAAAAUGAGACUAAUGACAGUUGUCACGAGUCUACUGAAAGAAAAUUGGGAGCCCUGCCGUUUUUGCCAAGAAGAAGUAGUAGUUUGACCAGACAGCGCGCUAAAUCAGCUUUUUGCACGACUGAAACAAUUUGGGAAACCAUUGAAUUGUGUCGUUUGAUUGAAAAACACGGGGGAAACCCUGACUGGCAAGAGCUACCUGUUUAUGGGCCAGAAGUGAAGCCGAUUGAAUUUGAAAUGGAGGAAAUAAAACGCUGCAGAUACAUCAGGUUGCCCAAGUAUAUUGAGAUGGAGAACGAGUUUAGAGAGAUUAGCUGUGUCUUUUCGUAAAAAAGAUUUUUUGAUAUCAGAAUUAUCUUUAUUUAAGAGUGUUAAUUGUUUUAUCACGGCAGGUUUUACUGCUUGUAGAGCGUAGCAUGGUAGCAUCUUUAGUAGAAGAAUGUAAAUCACAAGCAAAAACUGAGAUACAACUUUUUGUUGGGAAGGGGGGG